AUGUCCAAGAGACCAUGCCUGGCCAAUGCAAUCAACACUGGAUUGGUCAUGUGUCUCGGUGACGUAAUUGCCCAAUUGGUCCUAGAGAACAGAGGCUUGCUAGAGUUUGAGGUUUUUAGAAAUUUAAGAUUUACGAGUGUCGGUUUCUUCCUAGCCGGUCCAGGCAUGCACCACUUCUAUUCGUUGUUGGACCGCAAAAUAAUCGUCGGUAGUCAGGCGGCAAGGACACUGAAAAAGUUGUGUUGGGAUCAAAUAUUUUUCCUGCCCCUCUACCUAUUCAUCUACCUGGUGGUCAUAGCGAUACUACGGGGUGAUUCAUCGGAAACUAUCAAACAAAAAGUUGUCAGGGACAUGACUGACGGAUUGAUAGUCAGUUAUAAGGUCUGGCCGGUUGUCCAGAUUGUUAACUUUUAUCUGAUUCCAUCGAGAUACAGGGUUCUGCUUAUAAAUUUCGUUGCCCUCUUCUGGAAUACAUACAUCGGGUGGAAAGCAGAAACGAAGUUGUCCAGUGUGCAGUGUCUUCAGAAAGAAUGCCUGUGA